AUGGGGUUUUUCGAUGAGAUUGCCAAAGGUUUGGAACAAGCCAAAAAAGAAGCUGAGAAGCACAUCACCCCAGAAAACAUCAACCGUGGUCUCCAGAUAGCUCGAGAGGGUAUCAAUAAUGCGGCACAGCAGAUCAACCAGCAUGUCACUCAGGAAAACAUCAACCAUGGUAUGCGGAUAGCUCGAGAUGGCAUUAAUAAUGCAGCACAGCAGAUUGGCCAGCAUGUCACUCCGGAAAACAUCAACCACGGGAUGCAGAUAGCUCGAGAUGGCAUUAAUAAUGCAGCACAGCAGAUUAGCCUGCAUGUCACUCCGGAAAACAUCAACCAUGGGAUGCAGAUAGCUCGAGAUGGCAUUAAUGUCGCAACACAGCAAAUGAACCAACAUCUCAACGCGGAAAACUUCAACCACGGUCUCCAGCUAGCUCGGAAUGGCAUUGACAUUGCAGCACAACAAGUCAACCAGCAUGUCAAUCAGGAAAACAUCAAUCACGGCCUUCAGAUAGUUCGGGAUGGUGUUGGUAACGCAGCACAGCAAGUUGGUCAGCAUUUAACUAAAGAAAACAUCGAUCGAGCUCGCGAAGAAGUGCUAAAGGUGGCAUCAGGACCGGCUGCUCAGCAGGCUGCCAAGGUCGUGAAACAAAAUUCUGUGCCUAUUGCAGUUGCUGGGGCUGGAAUCUUCAUCGCUGCUGUUCCCGGUAUCAUCACAGGCCCGAUUAUGGGCAUCGCUGGACUGAUGGGCUUUACCUCAGGAGGCAUCGCCGCAGCUUCUAUUGCAUCAGGAGCACAAGCGAGCAUAGGCAGUGUUGCUGCAGGCAGUGGCUUUGCAGUAAUGCAGAGUGCUGCAGCUGGAGGAUAUGGCCUGGGAAUCUUAACAGGCAUUGUUCAGGCUGUAGGAGGAAUUACGGCCGCUAGCUACUACGGCAUUAAUUCCUGGGUCAACCGAGUCCACCCAAGGAGAGGCAUCCCACGUGCUACCGUUACCAGUAUCAAACCACCGAGACACCAGGCACAAUCCAUCCUUAACAUCACAGACUUGCAUUAUGGUCAUAAGGCCCUGCCUUGUCCUGAUGAAGCAUCAGACCAAAAUACGCAAGCACUCAUUCGUGGAUGCAGAGAAAUAGCAGAGGGAGCUGGCCUUCCAGCCCCGGAGAUGAUGCUAGACCCGUCACCUAAUGGUCGAGAUGUGGUUCAAUACCACAGCGAGAUGCAUUAUGCCACGAUGAUGGGCGAGGUUGUUACUAAGGAAAGAAUAAGAAGAGUCACUCGUGUUAUUAUUAGAGAGAAAGGGUCGCAAGGGUCGCCUGUGCAGCAAUUUUCCGGCCUCAAGGACCAGGUCACAGAUAAUUGGGUAAUUCUGAGUGCGCUUGAUCCCAUAGACAGAGAGUAUCUCACACAGAAAGGCGCUUUCACCCUACCUCCGAAACAUUAUUGUGAAGCAUUCCUCCAGUCUUACUUUAGACUUGCUUACCCAACUUGCCCCGUCUUUGAUCCAUUCGAGUUCAUACAAUCAUACGAUUCUGGGACACAUUCACACUUUUUAUUACAGGCCGUUUUGGCGAAUGCAGCCUUGUACGUACCUCAGCAGGUUCUAGAAGCAGCUGGCUUCGUAAGCCGCUUAGAAGCAUUGGAAACGUUUUGUACCAGAGCAACGUUGCUCUACGAUUUCAACUGUGAAAAGAGCCAGCUCAGGUUAUUGCAAGGCUCCGCCGUUUUGGCAAUGACGGGAUUUGUUGGGUGUCGGGAUAAAGACUUUGGCUACUGGUAUCAUAAUGCUAUCCGUCUGGCAAUUAAGAUGGGAAUACACCACCAAGGACUCGGCAACCUACAAGCUAUACCAAAGGAUCUGGUGGACAUUAUAUUCCUACCAGCCGCAGAAGUGUGGGUGCCCAAGGUCCUGUCACCGCCAUGCGCAUCUAUACUAUCUCCCUUGACGCUACUAGAGAGUCUUUUCUUCGUCGAAAAUUGCAGACUAGCUACCAUCGCUUCUCAAUGCCUAUCAGUGGCCAAAUCCGGGGCUUCGAAUUCUUUGGCUCAUAUCCAAGAAGAGUUCAGCGCAUGGCAUGUAUCAGUUCCAGAGCCUUUGCUGCCGAAUCCGCGCCAAGAUCCCCGCGAUAACCCAUGGCAUAUUGUCUUGAUAGCUACAAGCUAUCGUUUCCAAUGUAUGCUGUUUCGUUGGUUAAGGAAACACUGGGAGGGCAAGGAUUCAUUGUUGUCAGAAAAUGCCAACAACUGUCUCAAGCUUGCAAUGUAUGAACUGGAUGCGAUUAUUGGUAGGGCCUUGGUACAUGAUAUGUUGCGUAAUCUUCCUGUGGCAUUCUUGACCUGUGCUCCUGCAGUCCUUGCCUUACAUCUUGAGAUAGUUCUCAAAUCUUCUGAGCCUGAUGAGGUUAAAUCACGAUCUCUUAUCUACAUUCAUCAAUCUCUCAUCUCCAUGAAGCAGUGUCGAGAUUUGCCACACAUUCGGGUGGCUCUUGAAGUCGCCAAAUGGGUUUUGGCCAAGAAAAGCUUACUGCCAAAUUGGAGCCGCGAAGUAGUUCCUAGUGGAGAAAAUCCUCAGAAUUCCGCCCAGAAAUCCCCAGGAGAUUGGUUUUAUUCUAUGUAUAAUGCCGAGAGCCAAAUCCAACGCCCUCAGGAUGAUCUGGCAGGGGCGGACGUGGACAUAGAUGAUUUCUUCAUAUUCGGCUUGCCUGAAAACACGAUGCUCUACCAUUAG